AUGGAUAUUCUAUCGCGACAGUACGGCAGUGACGAGGAGGGAGGGGAGGAUUCUCCGCGAGAGAAAUCUACGAUAACAGCUUCUCCGCCUCGGGAAAAACACUCUUCUGGUACUGGUACUGGGGUUACUGCUGACAAGACAGCUUCACGAACUGCUCAGGAGAAUGAUGAUAACGAUAGCGACGAUGACAAUAUGGCGUACAGGAUUCUCGCUCCCCCUAGUUCUGCCGCUCCACCAGUGAGCGACGCGUUACUCGCUGCUGUACCACGUGAUAUUAUGACAGCUCCCAUCGACCCGUCGAAACGGAAUUUGCAAUUCAAUCCGACUUACGAUCAACUGUGGACUCCUGUAGUGGGGCCCGCGCAUCCUCAUAACGUGGACGGCCGCGCGUUAGGGUUGCGAAACCACCGGCUGGGAUCCGUCCAAGACGCAUCGGUGGACUCUUUUGUCUUCGAUGAACAGUACCACACGUUUCAGGCGUACGGCUACAGUGUUGACCCCGCAAGUGUAAACGGGACCGAGGUUGUGGGUGAUAAAGAAGCGGUUGACAAUAAGGCGGGUGCUACAGUGUAUAAUGUGUCUAAACAGGAGCGGGAAAAGCGGGCUAUGGCGGUGAAAGAGGAGGAGAGGAGGAAAAAGGCGGAGGAGAAACAGAGGAAGGAGGAGGAGAGGAAGAGGAAGGAAGAGAAGAAGAGGAAGAAGGAGGAGGAGAGAGCGAAGAAGGAAGAGAAGAAGAGGAAGAAGGAAGAAGAGAAAGCGAGGAAGGCUGCAAAGAAGAAGCGGAAGGGGGAAGGUGAUGUGGGGGCAGAGGUGGGAGCGGAAGGGGAGGAGGGAGCAGGAGGAGAGGGGAAGGGGGAGGGGGAAGGGGAGGGGAAGAAGCGAGGGCGGCAAGGGAAGGGUGUUCAAGAGGAGGAGAGUGAGGGAAGGGCAAAGAAGAGCAAGGAGGAAGAGAGAGAAGAGGAGGAUAAAGAAGAGGAAGAAGAGGAGAGUGAGGAGGAGGAAGAGGAGGAGGAGGAGGAGGAGGAGGAGGAGGAGGAGGAGGAGGAGGAGGAGGAGGAGGAGGAGGAGGAGGAGGAGGAGGAGGAGGAGGAGGAGGAGGAGGAGGAGGAGGAGGAGGAGGAGGAGGAGGAGGAGGAGGAAGAGAGCGAAGAAGAGGAAGAGGAGGAAGAGAGUGAAGAAGAGGAGGACGAGGAAGAGGAGGCACCAGUAGAGGAACUAGCCAAUCCGGCGUCAGAAUCCUGGCUCCUCAAAAGCUCCAAAUCUCCCUGGGCAGGCAAAAAAGAGGAGCCCAAGGCUGAGCUGACCGAGGAGCAAAAAAAAUACGCGGAGGAGCACGCUUUGAAGAAAGCCAAGAAGGAGAGGGGCGAUAAGGAGGAGGUGGAGGAGAAGAGCACGUUCCAUGGGAAGCAAGAGAAGGACUAUCAGGGCCGCUCCUGGAUUGCUCCGCCUAAAGACGCCCUUAAUCCCGUGCCGCCCACGCACUGCUAUAUUCCGAAGCGGUGGAUUCAUACUUGGAGUGGGCAUACCAAGGGUGUCAGUGCCAUCCGGUUCUUCCCCAAGUACGGCCAUCUGCUGCUGUCUGCAUCAAUGGACACUAAGAUCAAGAUCUGGGACGUGCCCAACACACAGAAGUGCAUGCGCACAUACAUGGGUCACUCCAAGGCCGUGCGAGACAUCUGCUUUGCGAACGACGGGUUGAAAUUCGUGUCAUGCGGUUACGACCGUAACAUCAAGCUCUGGGACACCGAGACCGGGCAGGUCACGGGGACGUUUUCCACGGGUAAAAUACCCUACGUGGUGAAAUUACACCCGGACGACGACAAGCAGAACAUUCUGCUGGCGGGGAUGAGCGACAAGAAGAUCAUGCAGUGGGACACGCGGUCAGGGGAAAUUACUCAGGAAUAUGACCAGCAUUUGGGCGCGGUCAACACGAUUACCUUCCUGGAUGAUAACCGGCGGUUUGUUACGAGCAGUGAUGACAAGUCGCUGCGCGUGUGGGAGUUUGGGAUCCCGGUCGUGGUCAAGUAUAUCAGUGAACCCCACAUGCACUCCAUGCCAGCGAUCGCAGUGCAUCCCAACAAGGCCUGGGUGGCAGCUCAAUCCCUGGACAACCAGAUCAUAGUGUAUGGGGCGAAGGACCGCUUCCGGCUCAACAGGAAGAAGAGAUUUGCCGGCCACAUCAUUGCUGGAUAUGCGUGCCAGGUCAACUUCUCUCCCGAUGGGCGCUUCAUAAUGUCGGGCGACGGAGAGGGCAAGCUGUGGUUCUGGGACUGGAAGACAUGCAAGGUGUUCCGCACAGUCAAGUGCCACGACUCGGUGUGCAUCGGGUGUGAGUGGCACCCGCUUGAGACCAGCAAGGUGGCUACAUGCGGCUGGGAUGGGCUCAUCAAAUACUGGGAUUGA